AGACAAGCGCAGAGACCAGUCGGGCUCAUUUACGCUUGAUGGCAGGAAAGAAACGUCAGAGAAUAACUCUCCUGGCCAAUCGAGCGCUUUUCUGCUUCGCGGAAAAACCCGGCAGGUGGUGCCCACGAGCGGAGCUAGAAAUUAUGUUGACGCAGGUCGUGGAACUACGGCUCCAGGCAAAACAAAGGGCGUCGGCAAAGGCAAUACGACGCCGAGUACAACUCCAGCGAAAACGCUGUAUUCGGAGAAAAAUCUCACCGCGGAGGAGCAUCGGGCGUUCACGAGACAGCAGCUCGAUCUUGUAGAGCAGCGGGUCCAGCAGCUGAAGCAGGAGAUCGAGCAAAACGUUCUCCUCCUUGCCGGUGGCGAAACGGGGUGUCGCAUCGACGGAAAAGACGCCGAUCAGGAGGAAAUCCUGCGACAAAAGGCCGACCUGUUGAACACCAGCCCGUUUCUGGCCUCACGCUUUGGGGUUUGCGACGACCCGGCCGAGUGUUUGCCGCUCGGGGGCGAAUGGGAUCGUGGUCAGGACAACGGCGAAGAGGAUUUUGUUGGAGAACUGCAAAGUGAAAGUAGUAGAACUGGUACUAUGUCUUCCAGUAGUUUCGCGGAAAAUAUGAUUGCAGGGAAUCUUCGCCAGUCUGCCUUCGAUGCCGGCGACGGAUUCUUCGAUAGAGUCGGGCUAGAACACAGUUUCUUCCCCCGAAUUGAAGCGCGUUGGUCCGGCGACGGUGAGCACUACAGCAGCACGGGCGCGCGCAUCAGCGACGACGGAGAGGUCCAGCGGGACUCCGCUUUUCAGGCGGGCGAGGGCGUAGUAGAUGUCCCGACGGAUCUGCGCCACGAGAAGCUCUUUGACGACUGCGUGGCGGCCCAGGUCGGUCGUAUCUUCGUCGAGCAGUUCGCGCCCACCCCCGAGAAGUGGGACGAAGAAAGGAAAAAAACAGCUGCUGCGAGGGGGGAGCGACCUACAGCAACGGCGUCUCUGCAGCCCUACGUGGGCUACGCCAGCUUCGGGUUCGCUACUACCGGAAGGCUGGUCGAGUACCCGCACGUCGACAUGAAUCUUGAUGGAACAGCUGGAACGCCUACAGAGGAGGAGGAGAGCAAAGCCGUUUCAUCGUUCCUGUCGAACCAAAAUGCAAUCGACGAGGGGACAUCAAGUCACCUUCCGAUUUUCUCCAGCGACACGACAAGAGAAGAGCAUGAAAUAGACAAAAGCAGUGUGCUGGAGCUUGCGCACGAUCACGAACUGCAUCAACUCUCUCGUAGAGGAGGGUCUUCGGGCGGGAAAGAUUUGAGCACUUUCCGGAGUACGAGUAGAAGCUCCACCUCCAGCGCAACCACCUUCGUAUCCCUGGGCAACAACAAGAAGAACUUCGACGCACGGACCGCCCCGUGGUACGAAGCCACGGAGAAACGCGUGACCAAGAACAUCGUGUUUGCCAUCGACUUCUCCGGGUCUAUGACGGAGCACAAGCGGUGGGCCGCCGUGAAGCAGGCGGUGGCCCAGGCCCUGGACACCUUGACCACGUACGAUCGGUUCGCCAUCUUUCUGUGGGGCACCAUGCAGCAGCUGACGUCGCUGCAGCUGGUCGUCGCCACCGAGCCAAACGUGAGAGCCGCGCAACGGUGGCUGGACGACCUCCCGGACCCGGAUGAAAGCACGGACGCCGCC